UAUUACACAGGUGCACAGCUGGAGGUGGGAUCCACACAGCUCGGAACAGCUGGAUCUUGCUCAGUCUCUGUCAGGGGAAGAUUCCUCGACCUCUGGGGGGAUGGAGAAGAAACAGGCUGUGCUGUGUCCCUAAUGGGAAACAUGGCUGAGACAGGGGAGUGAGAAGGGCAUGUUGCGGAAUGGUGUCUGUGGCAUGAUGCCAGCUUUGCAAUCAAGAGAUCCAAAAACCUCACUGUGGAAUUGAGGAGGCCCCGCAGUGACAUGGAGGGAGCUGCUUUGCUGAGACUCUUUGUCCUCUGCAUCUGGACAAGCGGACUUUUCCUUGGUGUGGGAGUGAGGGCAGAGGAAGCUGCAGUGAGGGUGCAGCAAAACCAUCCAGGUGGGACAGAUACAGGAGAUCCUCAAGGUAAGCCGCUCAGUGACCGGGCUGCUGGCACCAUGGACCCAGAGAGCAACGUUUCUCUUGAGGAUUACCUUAAUUAUUUCCAGAAAAACGUGAGCCCACAGGAGAUGCUACUCCUGCUGAGUGACCAUAAAGCCUGGGAGAGAGUGGUGGCUACUGCUGAACUGCCCAGGGAUGAGGCAGAUGAGCUCUAUAAAGCUCUGAACAAGCUUAUAAGACACAUGGUCAUGAAAGACAAAAACUGGCUCGAAGAAGUCCAGCAGCACAGAAAGCGGUUUUUGGAAGAGUUUCCUCGGUUGGAAAGGGAGCUUCAGGAUAAAAUAAGAAGGCUCUGCGACCUUGCAGGUGAGGUUCAGAAGGUCCACAAAGGCGCCACCAUCGCCAAUGCGUUCUCCAGCACUCUCGGCGUUGCCUCUGGUGUCCUGACCUUCCUCGGCAUGGGUCUGGCACCCUUCACAGCGGGGAGCAGCCUUGUGCUCUUGGAACCUGUGACGGGGUUGGCAAUCGCAGCCGCCUUGACCGGGAUUACCAGCGGUAGCGUGGAAUACGCAAAGAAGCGGUCGGCACAAGCCGAAGCCCAUGAACUGGUCAACAAAAGCCUUGACACGGUGGAGGAGAUGAACGAGUUUCUGUAUCACAACAUACCCAACUUUAUUUCCUUACGUGUCAAUCUUGUCAAAUUCACAGAAGACACUGGGAAGGCCAUCCGUGCCAUCAGGCAAGCCAGAGCCAACCCUCACUCAGUACCACAUGUCCCAGCCUCACUCCACCGGGUCACUGAGCCAGUCUCAGCUACAAGCUUUGAAGAGAUGGAGAGAGUUGGAGAGAUGGAGAGAGUUGGAGAGAUGGAGAGAGUUGCUGAAUCCCUCACCACGGAGGUGAUCAGAGGAGCCAAGAUCGUUGAUAAGGUCUUUGAAGGCGCCCUUUUCGUGCUGGAUGUAGUCGGCCUCGUGUGCCAGUUAAAGCACUUACAUGAGGGGGCAAAGUCAAAGACAGCUGAGGAGCUGAAGAAGGUGGCUCAGGAGCUGGAGAAGAAGCUAAACAUUCUCAACAAGAAGUAUGAGACUCUGAGCCAAGAACCGUGACCACAGGGCAGGGCAACCACCAGGGGAGAGAUGCCUGGGACGGGCCAAGACAAAAUGCAAACUUUUUUUUUUUUUUUUUUUUUUUUGAGCCAUAGUCUUGCUCUGUCGCCAAGUUGGAGUGCAAUGGUGCGAUCUCAGCUCACUGCAACCUCCACCUCCUGUGUUCAAGCAAUUCUCCUGCCUUGGCCUCCCAAGUAGCUGGGACUACAGGCGCCCACCACCACGCCCAGCUAAUUUUUGUAUUUUUAAUAGAGAUGGGGUUUCACCAUGUUAGCCAGGAUGGUCUCUAUCUCCUGACGUCUUAAUCCACCCACCUCAGCCUCCCAAAUUACUGGGAUUACAGGCGUGAGCCACCGCCUUUGGCCCAAACCCAAACAUUUUAUUAGGGGGAUAAAGAGGGUGAGGUAAAGUUUAUGGAACUGAGUGUCAGUGACUUUGGCAUUUCUGCAGCUGAGUACAGCAGGGGAGGGGUUAAUGCAGA